AUGGCAUCGAUCGGACGAGUGGUCAUCUCGGCGCUCUCGGGAACACAAGAGAUCACUGCUGGUCUCGCGAAUUUCAACUUCGACUUUUCUCUUGUGAAGGUGGCGGCACCUAAUGAAUACCAGAGUAUCGGACAACAUUUAUCGAAGAAGAGAAAGCUAAGCGCCGAAGAUGGGUCCAUUCACCGUACGGCACGCAAACUCGGUGCGCUGUUCGAAGCGAGUCUACCUGACAUUCCCAGCCUAAUCCGCGCAUACGGCCUGCGCGCGUCUGAGGUAACCGAAAACCCUGAACACAAAUUAUCGGAAGAACGUAGACGCGGACCUUUGGACGAACAUGUCGGCCUUGAUGGCAGAGCACAUUGGGCGGCGGCGACUUCUGGGCCUAGCGCACUCGCUGUGCUGCUGCUUGCUUGCAUGAUCGCGAGAUCGUUUACGAAAAGUACUGAAGCAGUGGCCCUCUGGAGCGAAAUCGUAGCUACGCGCAAAAUACUCCUCCAAGAGCAGUUGAGUGGACCCAGUAUUCACAUUAAUUCUUUGACUGCAUCGCAAGUGGAGAUCACACGCGAAGCAUUGGCUGAGUGGGAUGCAAGCGCUAGAUCAUGGCUCAGUAUGGCUGAUAAAUCCAUGUCUCGGCAGCAAUUCAAGCUCAUGGUCAUCAUCGAUAAUCUUGAUUUGACUGUACGUUCGUCUCUCACCGCUUACGAGAAUGUCAUGGAGGUUUGGGUAGAUGCUAUGACGACUGUUGACAAGCUCAUUUCGGGUGUACCUCUUCGCAUGCAAAAGCCUGGUGUUCUCAUCGGUUUGUCCUCAUGGCAUCUUUAUCCUGAUAUAUCCGUCCUGGACUAUGAGCAAAAACUCUUAAAACUCGAUGAUCAUCUCAUCCGGGCUGGCGGUUUACUGACUAUCGGAAUGCGAUCAAUCAGUCCCAAGAUAACCGAAGGCAUCAACUGGACAAUGCCCUUGAAAGACCUUCGUUAUUACGGAAAGGCACCUCUCACCAAGGGUGUGGUCAACACAUCUUCAAGCUACGUUACUUUCGAUGUGUUUAUCAGAGUAGCGAUUGGGAGCAUGAUCAGUCAGUGGAGCAAAAAUUCAAGUGGUCUCGAGUCGAUAUUCGCCUUUCUCGCCGCUUUUGGAAAGGCCGUCACUGCGCCUAAAGUUGCUACUGCCAAACAGACGAUGGAUCAAGAAGUCAUGGAUGGGCUUGCAUUUAACAUCAAGAGCUUAGAAGACAAAGAGCUGGACGGUUCGGACAACAAGGAGCUGAAUGGCAACAUGGACACGGACCUUAGCGACAAAGUCUUUUGGUCAAAAACAAUAACCGAUGUAGCAGACUCAUAUCCUCGAGGUAAUGACUACUACAAAAAGGAAGUUGAGCAAAGCGUUGAGUUAGGGAUACGGAGAUUCUCAAAUUUCUUUGCUCCGAAGCGAGAGCACUCACAUCCAGGCUUUGGACUGUGUACCAUUCAGACACUGCUCGAUAUGAUGAGUCCUGAAGGUACAAUUCCAGCCUUGCGAGCGUUGACGGCAAGCAAUUAUCCCACCUUGGAUCUGAAGCGCGCUGUUCUGCUUCACAAAGGCGAUGACUGGUCUGAGAUCAUCGAUCUAUCUUCCUUCAAGAACCCCCGCAAACCUGAGCUUUCUUACCGUAGAUGGGUCAUACUACACGACAGCGAGACAGAUAAAUCGACUGAGAAUAAGCUCCCCUGGCAACUCAGAAUGACACAUUACCGGAAUAAAGACUCAAACUCGCCAUAUGAUCAUGGAACGGCCGACAUCUCACGUGCGGUCCAUAUCUUGAAGGAUUUGAAAGAGUCAUGCGGAUUCGUAACGUCUUCACAAACUGUCAGUGUACAGCCGACACGUUGGAAUGCGUACGACUUGUUCUCUUGGGCCAAGGAAACAGAGGAGGAGUUAGAGAAUAUAGGUCGCGGCUUACUCGUCGAGAAACACACCCCAUUCUGGCUCAGAUCGGAUUACAAUCGAGUCUGGAAUUCCCCAUCGCAAUCUCUGUUCCUGUUUCUACCUGUCAUUGCGGCGGGAACCUUUUCAGCAGCCAUAGAUGUUCCUCUUGAUUUCCUUACUGGUAUCCUAGAUCAGGGACUUCUUCCUGGUUCUGCCCUUCGGCGUUACAUGAUGCAUCUCCCCUGGCACGAAAGCAAUAAGCAGACUUUCACUUACUUUCGAUCACUGACCGUCCUGAAUAGCGUGUCGACUCUUUACGAAACUCUCCAGGGCGCUCUUGUGAAUCUCUCGGUGCUCUCGAUGCCGCUCCGGGACAUGAAAUGGCGGACUGAACGCUUCGAAUCAUUGGACCCGCCACAAGCGCUUUCCUGUAUUUCCACAUUUGCUACCGGGUACCAUAAUCUUGAUCCAUCUAUAUUCUCCGGAAUUAUUGGUCUUUCCUAUAACAAUGCGUUAUACAUGAGAGAAUUUCUUCUCAAUGACCCUUGGCAAAACUUUCGCCCCGGAAAAUCGGAGCAAACCCUUUGUUGUUUGGUCGGGACGAUAGAUCACCCUGGACUGUCACUACUUGUGCCCGUCGCAGAGACUAUGCGGAGCGAGCCUGAUCUGGAAUCUUGGAAAUUGAUCAACCAUCAUGACUUCGAUGGCAGAGUCGAGGACAAUUUCUCAGGUACAGCCCUGCAACUGUGCCUGACCGGAUACGUACAGCCGAUUGAUACGGGUGAGCACGGAACACGCGAUAAAGACACCUUCUUUGUAGAGACCGUGAUAUCCGUUCACGAACGAGGGAGUUGGAUUGCGGACAUCAAUGUUCUUUCACUGUCCCCACAGGAUGGAGACCAAGACGCGGAUGAUGACGAGAAUGAUGAGCGAACUUUGAAUAUCAGCCUUCCAGAAUCAUGCACGCAUUCUGCAAUAGAACGCAGUCUGAGGGAACUUUCGUGCCGCCUUCGAUCUGUAGACAAUUGGACCGAAUUCUUGGACCUACCUUCAGACCUGUGCAUCGUCCUCGAUGCGAUCUAUACGCAUACAUCUACUUUCAUGUCGCGGACGGAGUGGAGAGAGGGGCCCCUUUCCCAACUUGAACCCACGUAUCUGCAAGAUCUCUUAUAUCGCGCAAGUCCGAUAUCGACAAUCCUUGAGCAACUUGAUACCACUCAAGUCAAUGCUAAGAACGCUGCACUCGUCAUCGUGGAGAGGGCGCUCGCACAGCUUGCGACGGUCAUCGAAUCCCUGGACGACUGGUAUGUCAAAGUGCGCUCCGAGAACUUUGAUUUCUCAGCCUUCCAGAGCUCUGAUGAAGUUUGUGAUCCGCGAAUGCGGUUUCCUAACCUCACUACCGCCAACUGCAUGUCACAUUUCUGGGCCUUCAAAAUCCUUUGUAUUUCCGAAAUAGCCUAUCUCAAAUGGCAAUAUCCUGGACUAGCUGCCAAGGUUGUCGACUUUGGAAGCGACACCCUGGACAGCGAGUCAUAUCCCAACGAGGUCAAAUGCAUGUCGAACUGGAUCAUGGGGAGCACGGAGUACUUGACUCAGGAUUACAUGAAGCUGUUUGGUGUCCUCUCUACCUACUUCCCGGUACAUACGGUGUUCGCAACGCUUCUACGCUAUGAGCGCAUUACAAAGAACCCUUCAUUGUUGAACGCGUUUGCCGGUCAGCACAGAUCACUCAUCAAGACGCUUAUGGAGCUUGGCUGUAUCUCUCCGUUGGUAUCCCAUCUCUCGGAUUAUGAUGGCCCACAAGUCUCGCUAGUCUAA